AUGGAUGAGUUGCUUCAGGCCCGCGGCGGCCUUAAUCUGGAUGCUAGCUCGAUAUUCUUACUUUCGAUAACCAUUCUUGCCUUCUUAAUACCUGUGGUUGUGAUUUUACCACCUGUCGGACUUCAAAAAGCCGAUGCGCUGAUCCAGACGCACACAAAGGCUGGAGUUGACGGUUCGAAGAGUAACCUGAAGAAGCAGUUCUCCGCUGAGCAUUCGCCACAGGGCAACGAGUCACCCAAGGUUCAGAGCUUGGUCAUCUACCCAGUCAAGUCAUGUAAGGGCAUUGAACUGACGAGGAGCAAAGUCUUCCCGUCAGGGCUGCAGUUCGAUCGCCUCUUCACAUUUGCACAGCUCAAAAGUCCCUUCCCCGUGGCGGUGGACUCCACAGAUGAGGAGAAAUCGCAGCACGCAUGGGAAUUCAUUACUCAAAGGCAGUUCGCCAGAUUGGCUAAUGUUACCGUUGACCUGUGGUUACCGGAUGAGAUGAAACUCCGGAAGCAGUCAAUGAAAUCGAAGGAGGCAUUUUUGGUCAUACGAUUUCCUUGGAAGGAGGAUGGUUGGCGUGGUAUUUACUCAACGAUUACGGCGAAGCUUCAGAGAGGACGUGCUGCUGAGCCGGAAAUAGAGAUCUUGCUUCCGGUGGACUUCCCAUCGGAAGCAGAGAUCAAGGAGAACGGCUAUACGUUCGAAAAUGUCAAGAUAUGGAAAGAAACCGUCAACGCUCUUAACAUGGAAAGGGAGUUGCCCUCGGAGCUACGACGGUACUUGGGCGUUAGCAACAAACUCGGCAUAUUCAGAAUUGACCCAGACCAACUGCGUGAGGUCUAUCGAUGCGCCCCAAGCAAGGACGAGGCUGGAUAUCAACCUGUAACAGGAUUUCAGGACGCUUAUCCCCUUCACUUGAUGACGCUAAACAGCAUACAAAAGUUCAGCGAAGAGGUUCCCAAAGAUGAUGGCUUAAAGGAACUCGACGUACUCCGAUUCCGACCUAACAUCAUCCUUUCUGGCGCCGAUGCCUACGACGAGGAGACGUGGAAGCAAGUCCGGUUCAAGCCGGGGAGUUCAGGUCUUUACAACGACGCCUCGUUCCAUGUAUCAUGCAGAACUGUCAGAUGCAAGAUGCCCAACGUCGACCCCGACACCGGCGUCCGGCACCCGAGCGAGCCGGACAAGUCGCUCAGGGCGAAGCGGGCCGUCGACGAGGGCGCCCCGCUGAACGGCUGCCUGGGGAUGCAGCUCACGCCCCUGUACGACGCCAGCCUGGGCGACGACCGCGAGUCUUGGAUCGCCGUCGGCAUGACGGUCGAGGUCGAGGAGCGGGGCCACCAUGUAUAUAUCAAGCAGUAA